AUGGGUGAGACCAGGGCUGCACCAGGUAAGAUGGGUGAGACCAGGGCUGCACCAGGUAAGAUGGGUGAGACCAGGGCUGCACCAGGUAAGAUGGGUGAGACCAGGGCUGCACCAGGUAAGAUGGGUGAGACCAGGGCUGCACCAGGUAAGAUGGGUGAGACCAGGGCUGCACCAGGUAAGAUGGGUGAGACCAGGGCUGCACCAGGUAAGAUGGGUGAGACCAGGGCUGCACCAGGUAAGAUGGGUGAGACCAGGGCUGCACCAGGUAAGAUGGGUGAGACCAGGGCUGCACCAGGUAAGAUGGGUGAGACCAGGGCUGCACCAGGUAAGAUGGGUGAGACCAGGGCUGCACCAGGUAAGAUGGGUGAGACCAGGGCUGCACCAGGUAAGAUGGGUGAGACCAGGGCUGCACCAGGUAAGAUGGGUGAGACCAGGGCUGCACCAGGUAAGAUGGGUGAGACCAGGGCUGCACCAGGUAAGAUGGGUGAGACCAGGGCUGCACCAGGUAAGAUGGGUGAGACCAGGGCUGCACCAGGUAAGAUGGGUGAGACCAGGGCUGCACCAGGUAAGAUGGGUGAGACCAGGGCUGCACCAGGUAAGAUGGGUGAGACCAGGGCUGCACCAGGUAAGAUGGGUGAGACCAGGGCUGCACCAGGUAAGAUGGGUGAGACCAGGGCUGCACCAGGUAAGAUGGGUGAGACCAGGGCUGCACCAGGUAAGAUGGGUGAGACCAGGGCUGCACCUCAAUAUUCUAAAGUACUUUCCUCUCCUUUAUUUACACACAUCUGGAUGCUAAGAGUCAUUUUAGAAUGUCAGUUUUGACUAAACAGUGGCCUGGCUUGGUCACAUGGGUUCAGUUAUGUUUACUAACAUAUUACUCCAGAGGAAGGUUCAGGUCAGAGGGGUGGGGUCAGGGCAGUGCUGGACUUGGUGCCGGUACUGUUUAUAUUUAGGUGCAGGAGCUCCACAACACUUUUGAGCUGAUAUUCUAUUGAGCAGUGGUUCCCAACCAGGGUACUUGGCCUUUCCACACGGGGUACUUGGCCACUCUAAUAGCAAGGUAAUAAAUAGUUAUUAGUCUCUCUAAUAACAAGGUAAUAGCAAGUUAUUAGUCUCUCUAAUAACAAGGUAAUAACAAGUUAUUAGUCUCUCUAAUAACAAGGCAAUAACAAGUUAUUAGUCUCUCUAAUAACAAGGCAAUAACAAGUUAUUAGUCUCUCUAAUAACAAGGCAAUAACAAGUUAUUAGUCUCUCUAAUAACAAGGCAAUAACAAGUUAUUAGUCUCUCUAAUAACAAGGUAAUAACAAGUUAUUAGUCUCUGUAAUAACAAGUUAUUAGUCUCUCUAAUAACAAGGUAAUAACAAGUUAUUAGUCUCUCUAAUAACAAGGUAAUAACAAGUCAUCAGUCUCUCUAAUAACAAGGUAAUAACAAGUCAUCAGUCUCUCUAAUAACAAGGUAAUAAAGUUAUCAGUCUCUCUAAUAACAAGGUAAUAAAGUUAUCAGUCUCUCUAAUAACAAGGUAAUAACAAGUCAUCAGUCUCUCUAAUAACAAGGUAAUAAAGUUAUCAGUCUCUCUAAUAACAAGGUAAUAACCAUAUUGAGCCAAAAAUAGUUAGAUUGACCUAGAGUUAGGGUCCGUUAGGAUUAGGGUUAGGGUAUGGAGCUAAAGGGUCCAUUUUAC